AAUAAUUGGAGAAAUGAAAGAAAGUGAGUCACCUAGCACAAAAACUCAUUCCUACUUACACACUCACACUUGAAAGUAAUAUAUCAUCACAAUUCAUCAUCAUCAUCAUCAUCAUCAUCAUAGUAUAGCAUAGCACACAGCCAUGGGAGUAGACAUCGACCAAGCUUUCGUCCAAGACCCACAACACAGACCGGGUCUCUCCAUAACCCAAGCUCAAGGAAUUCCAUUGAUCGACCUCUCCCCAGUAACAACAACCAACCCUUGUCCUUCUUCCAUGGACGCGCUGGUGAAGGAGAUCGGAAGCGCGUGCAAGGAAUGGGGAUUCUUCCAAGUUAUAAACCACGGUGUUUCCAUCCCUCUGAGGGAGAAGCUUCAGGAAGCUUCCAAGAAGUUCUUUGCACAAAGCUUGGAAGAUAAGAAGAAGGUUAGCAGAGAUGAAACGUCUCCAAGCGGUUACUAUGACACUGAGCAUACAAAGAAUGUUAGGGAUUGGAAGGAAGUCUUUGAUUUUCUUACAAAAGAUCCAACCCUUGUUCCUCUCACUUCUCAUGAAUCUGAUGACAGACUCGUUCACUGGACUAAUAAAUCUCCUCACUAUCCUCCAGGUUUCAGAGAUAUAAUUAAAGAGUAUAUUGAAGAGAUGGAAAAGCUAGCACGCAAGUUGAUGGAGCUUAUAGCCAUGAGCUUAGGCCUCGAAGUUAAGAGAUUUGAAGAAUUCUUUAAAGAACAAACCAGCUUUAUUAGAUUGAAUCACUAUCCUCCAUGCCCUUACCCUCACCUAGCUCUUGGUGUGGGUCGACACAAGGACCCUGGUCCCUUAACCAUUCUUGCCCAAGAUGAUGUUGGAGGGCUUGAAGUCAAACUCAAACACAAGACGGACCAAGAGUGGGUCAGAGUGGAACCAACCCCCAAUACUUAUAUCAUCAAUGUUGGUGAUAUUAUGCAGGUUUGGAGCAACGAUGCAUAUGAGAGUGUGGAGCACAGAGUGAUGGUUAAUUCAGAAAAAGAAAGGUUUUCAAUUCCGUACUUCUUGUUCCCUGCACAUGACACUGAAGUGAAGCCAUUGGAGGAGCUAACAAAUGAGAACAACCCUCCAAAAUAUAGGCCAUACAAGUGGGGCAAGUUUCUUAUCCACAGAAAGGACAGCAAUUUUCAGAAACAAAAUGUGGAAAAUAUCCAAAUUCAUCACUUUAAGAUAGCUUAAAUAAAUUGAAUAGAAUUGAAGUGCCCACACAUAUAUGUACGUAUGUAUGUUUGAAUGUAUAUAUGGCUCUGCACUUAAAUAAGACAUAAUGUGUUGGGCAAAAUAUUCUUGUCCAUGUUAUUAUGAGUCAUUUGCAAUCAUUGAAUUUGCUGGAGUGAAUAAUUUAUUAGUCAA